AUGGCGGCUACCGCUGCGGAAAACGCUGCCGCUGCUGCUGCGGAUACUGCUGCUGUUGCGGCUCUCGCUGCGGCCACCUAUGCCCCUCCCGCGUCCACGACCGCUGCCACUGCAGCCCGACAGCACCCGCCAGCAUCUUCUGCGGUGAAGAAGCAAGACAAAAAGAGGAAGGCUCGGAAACCAGGCCACCGCAGCCAAAGUCCAAUGCAGGCUAGCCAGGCUCAUCACGAUGUGCAGACGGCCGAGCUGAAGCGUCGACAAAAGCCAAGCCACCGGCGGCAGUACCUGAGGGGAGCCCUCAAGACUCGGCACUGGGCGGACGAGCCCUGUGGAACAUGCCAGGCUGCAGGCAAGCAGUGCGUGGCGCCACCGGACGAUGGCCACCAAGAGAAGUGUCUCCGAUGCUCAGCAAACGCAGAACCGUGCGGCAAGCGUUGGAUACUGGAACAGACAAGCGCGACCACGAUGCUGAAUCUGCUCAGCACGAAGCGCCACGUUAGGAUCAUUGAUUUGGGCUGGCUUGUUGCAGAGCGACAGGUCUAUGGCGAGCACUCGGGAGGACCGUUUGAUAAGUGCAAGGACUACAGCAGCGUGUUACGACUUGACCAGCCGGCACCCGGGCGUCGGUUGUAUCCACCCGGCACCCGGGUACUAAUCCCGUUCGUAGGCCGCUCCAAUACUCCGAUACUUGCGCCCGGCCUCCGGUUGAGCUACUCCUCCCACCCGGCAGGUUACCAGACCCCUGGCGCUUUACACGACGGCUCACUACGAUCGCAAGACGAAGACCUCGAGCCGAGGCCCAGCCGCACGCAAGACAAAUGCAUCAUCAACGAUAAUCGCAGCAUCGACGCCCUACUCCUCGCUCACGUCGCACGUAGGACGAAGACGCCAACCGCGGCCCGCGCCGCACGCAGUACGAAUGGUACAUCCGCGGCGAUAUACAAUCUCAAUACAGACCACCAUCCGCAGCACAAGCCGCACGCAGGACGAACGCUCCAUCAGCGGCCCAAGACGAUUGCCAUUAGCGUUGUCUCCCCUUCCCGUGCUUUGUAUGCGACCAUGGCAUGUGUACUGUAG